CUUCCGUUCCUGAAAACAUAACGACGAUGUGGGGAAAGACGGAGUGGAGAGCCGCUUAUGCACGAAACAGCGAGGACUGUUACGUACGUAUCGUCGGUACAAUCGACUGGUUGAGAGCUGAGACCGUGGAGCAGACCGUGGAGCCGACAGUUUAGGCCAACCUUAUUUGAGCAUGCCGCCGCCCGGAAGACCUACCACAUUCCGCCUGCUCACUUCGGAGGUACAAGAAGUUUAAGAGCAGCAGACGCUGACGCGCAGAGCCCGUAGAGAAAACGCCUUCAUCGCUCCGUCUUAAACCGUUGCCCAUCUUUCACCUGCAAAAAUGGAAGGCGCAUCAGUCAAAUCAAUGCUUGACCACCCAGACGAUAAGAUCCAUCCGUAUCUGCUCGACAAAGGGCACCAUCACCUCUCCUUCGUCGAGGGCAGAAGCAGCAGCAGCAGCAGUCACCGCGGGAUGCGCAAGAACCGCAGCGACGGGGCGCUGAGAGUGGGGCUGAAGGCGACGGCGCAUGCCGUGCAGUACGGGUUGAAGGAAGUUGCGCACAACUUCAAAGAUACGGUGGUCAGCCCAGUGCGCGCGUCUUUCUCUCACGGAGGACAUGGACAUGGUCACGAUGGGCAUGGGAAUGACCUACAGGUCGCUGGCAGCAGCCCCUCGUCGGCGACGGACGUCACUGCCGCCUCAGGGGUUGUCGAAAACGUGACUACAACAGCAACAACGACGUCCCUGAGCGCUGUGGGACAGCUGCUGGACAAGUACGGCGACGACGCUGAGAACGCCAACGCUCGCUCGUGGCCUCGCAGCAACAACAAGCAACGAGCAUCGACUGCAGGCCCGACGGUAUCGACAUUCCCCCGCCUUUCGGUCGCGAGCCACUCUGGAGAAAGUAGGGACUCCAGGUCCAGAGCCCGCGGGAAUCCGAGCACAACGUCCACUAAGGAUAUUAAACGCUUUGUCAAAACCUUCCCAGAGUUAUCAUCGAGUGGCGAAACGCUGAUAAACACCUACGCGUGUGCGCUCGAAAGAGAUGGAUUAUGGCACGGAAAGUUAUAUCUGACCAACGCCCACUUGUGCUUCUAUGGAAAACACUUUGGGAGGAGCGCAAAAGCUGUCGUGGCUUACAGCGCUCUGACAGGGUUGGAGAGGAAGAACACGGCUGGGAUGUUUCCGAACGCAAUACGUCUGACAGCUGAACCUGAUCAGAAGUUUGUUUUCGGCUCCUUCUUGAAACGAGAAUCUGCAUACGACGAGAUUAUGGAUUUCUGGGAGGUAGCCCAGUCAGAAGAAUUGGCAGCAGCAACGUCCGUGAGAUCAGAUUUGAAUGAGAGCGCAGCUUCCUCGGGCGAGAUACCUCGGGGUUCGAAGACAGCAAACAUCGAGUUCUUUGAAGACGCAGCUCACGAUACAGCGGCGACCGAAGAUUCAGGCGAUGGAUAUUGGAUACCCUCCGAAGAUUCGCAUGAUAUGUCCCUACCGGCAUCCCCAGCAGAGCCCGACGUUGCACCUUCAGAAGUUGCGGAGAAGUUGACGGUUGGGCCAACUCUCGCUGGCCCCAGUCAAGUCUUUCGACCGUCGAAUAGUGAAUCAGAUUUGACUGCUUUAGGCGAAGAGUUACCGGCAUCACCAAUCUCCGGACACGGGAUCAAAAACAGGAACCAUCGUGCACGCACGAUUGCCCAUGGCAUGAUCAGAAAGAUAUUACCCUCAAAAUGCUCGGAUCCAAAUAUGGCAACCACGCCAGGGGCCGCUUCGCCUUCCGACCCAGCAAACGGUUCGACAAUCAGUAGCACUCUGAGUCGAGCCGCCACAGUUGCGAUCCCGGCUACGGGGACUCCGCGAGAAUCGACAACGGUCGUUUCCCGCCCUCAGACGCCAAAAGUUCAAACGCAACACAUCCCCUCGGUGGCGCAGCCUAAGAGAACGGACAGCAAGGGAGUCGCAUCAACCCCCAGCAUUCAGGAGUCCGUUUCGGCCCGAUCAAAUGUCCCUGUGAGCUGCAAUUGCAUCCAACACUUUGACUUCCAAACAAUGGACGCCACCCUAGACCUCAAUGUUGAGAAGCUCUUUGAUGUUUUGUUUGGCGGGGAUGGAAGCGAGUUAGUGAGGCAAGCACAUGCGAGCCGGGAGACCGUCGAUGUGAUGUUCGGUCCUUGGGCUCUCGACGAUAACAAACAACCGAAAACGCGCGAUCUUACUUAUCUCGUGUCCUUCAAACCACCAAUGAUGGCGAAGCAGACGACGGGGGCUUCGGAGAAGCAAACAGUCAUGCGGUACGACCCCCUCAACGCGUACAUAGUGGAGACAGCUGUCCGUACACCAAAAGCUCCCUAUGGAGAGUAUUUCACGAACGUCAACCGGUGGUGUCUUACGCACGCCGGGAGAGAGCGGUCGCGGUUGUUUGUGACAACAAAGGUGGACUUUGCCAAGCGGUUGAUGUGGAAAUCACAAAUCGAAAACGCCACUGUGGAUGGCGUGAAAGCGUUCAACGCCGAACUGCUCACCAGGCUCCGCCAGAUCGGGAAAACAAACGUAAUUCCAGCCUCGAGCGAUUCGAAAACAGGAAAGGUCGGGAAUUCAGAACCCUCGAAAACCGCGCCGCCGUCUUCCGCAGACCUCCCGCCGGUUUCCGACGCCCCUAAAGACGCGCAACCAUCCAAGUCGAACGGUCCCCCACCGACUGCAUCCGAACGACUCACUGCUGCACUUCAAAGAACGAUCUCACGAAUAGUAGAGCUAUUCUCCAACAUCCCGAGUAUAAACCUUCACAGCGACAAACACGGAUGGACGCCACUUUUUUUCUUGGUCCUUCUCAUGGUUGUGAUGACGGCUGGUGUUGCGAUCACCCUGCACAACGUGAGAGAGAUGGCAUCUAUUGAGGUACGAUUGGAGAAAACCAUGCUCGCGCUUGAGACGCUGCAAGUGGGGAAGGGGGAGCAUCCGGGACAAGCGGGAGACGCGUCGGAUCCCUGGAGUCAGGCUGAUGAGACGGAGUAUCAGCGGGAGAGGACAAUCCUCCUCCAACGCACGAAAAUGCAAAUCGCAAACAUGCACGCGAAUGUACGCGAUGCGCAGAUUCGCGCAGUGGGACUUGGGGAACGACUUGCCGGGUUCGCAGACCAACUCUCCGCGGUGUCGCGCGCUGUGAACAGCAUGAGCCAUGUCGCUGUCUUUCCCGCCAAUGUUUCGCCGAAGGAGUCAGAUGCGAAGCUUGCGACCGUUGUAGUGCAACCGGGCACUCAGGCCACGUCGGCCGAUAACAUCACAGAUUCUCCAAUACAACCAAAUGUGGAGCAUGUGGAUACGCCUCAGGCCAAGCCACCGCUACCAUGACCCACUUCAUUCUGCCAUCCUUCACGAAUCAUGUUAUAUCGGAUGAUUUUGGACUCCUUAUGGACGGACUCGUUGUGGACUUCAUCCUAUCUAUGUCAGAGCCGGCCACUUAAUCAGAGGAUGCGUUGAAAGCAGCCCUUCAUUCCCCAACUGCAUCUCAUUUGUAUAUACUGUUUCCUUUUUGGACCAUCGCAUAACCGCGCUCGGUGGACGCAUGUUUUUACGGGGCUGCAUGCAAUACAAUGGACUGUGUGGCGUAUCUAUUUCUUUUAUCCAGGA